AUGGCGAAUGACAAUCUAAGCCCCGAAGAAAUCGAAAGGGCAUCACAGCUUCUGAGUGCUCAAGAGAAGGCCGUUGCACUCUUCGAAGAGAUCGAGCGCGACCUGAUCCGACCUGGCAUUACCGAGAAGACCCUUAACGAAGAAAUUUACAAAUUAGGUCUUGAUCGCUAUGGGAUCAAGACUCACUGGCACAAACGAGUCAUUCGCAGUGGACCAAACACCCUGAGCCCGUUCUCCGAGAAUCCCCCAGAUCGUGUUAUCCAGUCGGAUGAUAUUCUAGUCGUUGACCUGGGACCAGUCUUCGAGGCCUGGGAGGCCGACUUUGGACGCACCUUCGUCCUAGGAGACGACCCGAAUAAGAAGAAGCUGCGCGAUGCCCUCGAGCCAAUCUGGAAUACUGUGAAGGCACGGUAUCGUGAGAAACCAGAUAUGUCCGGCGAAGAGCUCUACGAUAUCUCCUGCCAGAUUGCGAAACAAGAUGGCUGGGAUUUCGGUGCCGAUAUUGCAGGCCACAUUGUUGGGUCGUUCCCUCAUGAACGCAUUCCACGGGAUAAGACCAGACUUUAUAUCACCAAGGGCAAUGAGGAGUCAAUGGGUCUGGCUGGUCGUGAUGGUUUCAAACGCCAUUGGAUUUUGGAGAUUCACCUUCGUGACACCGCACGUGGGUUUGGCGGUUUUUAUGAGAAACUCUUGACGGUCGACUAG